AUGGGCUGCCCAACGCCGCAACAGGAAGCGGUGUACAAGGGUCGUUUCUUAGUGAACGACACGAGGAAUGGAGCAGAGUAUGCCAGCGAGGCGGGUAGGAAGACAUCGAAUGCGGAGCGACACGCGUCAUCCGGCCAUCUCGUCUGCACCAUCCGCGCUGCCUGCGCUUGUCUACGGAAAGCCCCAACAGUUAUGUCGUCAUCGUAUUUUGACGCGCAACCCGCACAGGCGCCGCCGCCGUCCGCGCUGCUAGAUAUCCCAGAGGGCAGCGGCGUUGCCAAUGCAGGCUUCCUCAGCCCCCAAGUAUCACGCAUCUUAGAAGACCUGGAACUUGACGAGAAGUCGAGCAGCGAAGACCCAGACGACCACGCUAGCCUGGACGGGGACAGCAACUCUGACAAAGACACUAGCCACGAUCGCAAAUCAAGGCGUGACCAAACGGAGCAGGGCCACUGCAUUCGAAAAUCGCAGACAUCGCCGUUGCCUCGUGGAAGCAAGGCUCAUAACAAGUCGUCCUCACAUCGGCCAGGCUUCAACAGCCACAAGAACCCGCAUCUCGCCCGCUUUCAUUCCUUGCGGUCUAUGCUGUUCUCGAGUCAGAUUGAGGACAACAUCCAACGAGACAAAGAAAUCAAGAUGCAGGCUGAGGCUGAGGCGAAAUGGAAAGCCGAGCACGAUCUGCGGAAAGGUUUGAACAGACCGAAGACUCCCGAGAGCCAGAAUCCGCCCGGAGAGGGACUGGCAAAGAGGAUGACGAGCGGACUCAAGAGGAUGGCGAGCAAAAAUUCGCCACCCCCCAUGGCUAGAAUUGCCGAAGACAACGUGUCGACGGCGAGUGAUGACGAAGAGGAUGAAGUCAAUCACAGCAACGAAGAAAUCAAUCAUUCCGACAUCGAGGACCUUGUUCGUUGGGUGAGCAGAAGGGAUCCACCAAGCGAUGGCGAGGCGCGCAGAAUACAGGGUGAUGCUACCGACAAAAUCUCCAAGACGGACAGCGGCCACGAAAGCCUUGGAAACUCUGAUGUUGAGGACUUGGUACGAUGGGUGUCUCGCAAAGAUGAAACACAGCCCAAGAGUUCUGAGGAAACGGGAUCAGAGCGCAGGACAGUGCUAGCAGCAGAUACAGUACAGCAUACCCAUAGCUACGACAGCGAUGCAUCAACAGAAUCUGACUCGGAGACUGCUGCUCGCUCUGCUGAACACAGGGACUCGAUCAAUGAAGACGAUGUCGACGACCUUGUACGGUGGGUGUCUCGCAGAGAAGGUCCAAAUGCGGGCCCGGUUCGCCAGAAGAAGGAAGGAAGCAGCACCGGAACACCCACAGGAUCAGAAAUCCAAGACUCCAAUACCGAGGAACUCGUUCGCUGGGUCACCAAGCAGGACGACACAAGCGGCGAAUCUGACAAUGCAUCUAAUCCGAGUCUGACUGACAUCGUGGAGCAUGCGGAGCCAACUGCCACUGUCCCUAGAAGAGGAACCGGCAGCGAUGGAAAGCGAGACUGCUCUCACGAACGAUGA